UCUUCGCCCGGAGGUAACAAAGAUUGCAUCAUAACGAAUUAUGAAUUUUAGUUGGCCUUGAUAUUUGGGUGGCUACAUUGAUGUUUCAAUAACUUCCUUAUCAUUUCUAAUUUUGUAAAUGUCACAGAAAAAUCCUGUGCUCAACCAUGUUACUAAAAUCCUAGAUAUUGGUUUUGUAUCUAAGGACAUGCUUGAUCCUUAUGUUGGAGUAGGAAACCUCAUUAUUUCUCUGUUUAUCUUACUUGCUCAUGCAAACUGGAACCUAAAAUUUUAAGUUGAACUAAUGGUAAAUUACUGCUUCAAAUCUUGAAUUUUUUUGCUAAUUGGCCGCAGCCUCGCGCUCUGUGAAUGAAACCUGUUGUGAUUACUGAAAGCACAGCACUUUACAGUAUAUUGUCCAUUGUUCUGGAUCAGCUUGAAGUGCUUGCACAUUUUCAGGAUUUUUCUGUGACAUUUUUUCACAUGUUAAGUUUCCUAGAAAGUUGUUCAUUGCUAUUUGUUAAUAAUAAAACUGAUAUUACUUAAUACUGAUUGUAGAACAGAUCAGAAGUAUCCUCUGAAAGGUGUUCUUGUUAAGUCAUGGAGGGCGAAUCUAUGAGUUGUCGUAGGUUGAAUUUUGAUGAGUCAAUUGAAGAGUAUUCUGAAGCAAACCAAGGCUGUGGUGAUUAUGAAGUUAAUAUAGAAGAAAGGGCUGAUGAAGGCAAUGAAGAUGACACAGAGAUUUUCCCCCCAUUAAGCACAGAUGAAUUGGUGCCAAAAAUUGGUAUGAAAUUUCAAACAGAAGAGGAAGCGUAUGACUUUUAUUUGAAAUAUGCUAAACAAGUUGGAUUUAGCAUACGAAGGACAAGAACCCAUAAUGAUAAUUCGGGCAGAUUAAUUGUCAGGACGUUUUGUUGUAGUGCACAAGGAAAAAGGGGAAAGGACAAACGAGAUAUUUAUGUGAAGCAAAGUUGUGCUGAGACAAGAUUUGGUUGUGAUGCUAAACUGAGGAUUAGUUGUCGAAAUAAUGACAAGUUUUGUGUGGUGAACUUCAUUAAAGAGCAUAAUCAUUAUCUUUCAAGCCCAAACAAAACACAUCUCUACAGAUGUCAUAGGAACAUAUCUUCUUCUGCAGCGAUACAAAUUAAGAUGGCAAGUGAGGUGGGAAUCCCCCCAAAAGCAUCUCAUGAUCUUAUGAUGAGACAAGCAGGUGGGAGGGAGAAUUUAGGGUUUAUUCCUGAAGACUAUAAGAACUACUUGCGAUCUAAAAGAACUAGAAAUAUGAGAGUGGGGGAUACAGGAGGUGUUCUAGAAUAUUUGCAGAAAAUGCAAUGUGAUGAUCCAAAUUUUUUUAAUGCUAUUCAAGUUGAUGAAGAUGAUUUGAUCACAAACAUUUUUUGGUCUGAUGCUAAGAUGAGAGCUGAUUAUGGCAAUUUUGGAGAUGUUGUUUGUUUUGACACAACCUAUAGGAAGAACAAUGAAAGUCGUCCAAUUGCAUUGUUCGUGGAUGUUAAUCAUCAUAAGCAAUCCAUAAUUUUUGGUGCAGCUUUAUUAUAUGAUGAAACUACUUUGUCAUUUGAAUGGUUGUUUGAUACCUUCACUAAAGCUAUGUCUGAGAAAAAACCAACAACUAUUCUUACAGAUCAAGAUGCUGCAAUGGCAAAGGCUUUAGCUUCCAGAUGGCCUGAAACACAUCAUCGUUUAUGCAUUUGACACAUUUAUCAAAAUGCCGCAAUACAUUUGAGUGGAGUUUUUUCUCAAUUCAAAGAGUUUGCUAAAGAUUUUGCCUCUUGUAUAUAUGAUUUUGAUGAAGAGGAAGACUUUCUUUCUACUUGGAACUUGAUGUUGACUAAGUAUGCACUUGAAGAUAAUGAUUGGUUGAGACAUUUGUUUAGCAUAAAGGAAAAAUGGGCGUUAGUAUAUGGAAGACAAAUAUUUUGUGCGGAUAUGACUACAACCCAAAGAAGUGAGAGCAUGAAUAGCAUUUUGAAAAGGUAUGUCACUUAUCAGCAUAAGUUUUUAGAGUUUUUCAAUCACUUCGAAAGAUUGCUUCAGGAUCGUCGAUAUGAAGAGUUAAAAGCAUAUUUUAGAUCCAAUUCAAGUGUUCCAUGUUUAUUGUAUCCGGUUGAAAUAUUAAAACAUGCUAGUUAUACUUAUACUCCUGAGGCAUUCAAGUGUUUUGAAAAAGAAUGGUAUAAAUCUCAUGAUUCUAUUGUAGAAAUUUGUGAGAUUGUUGGAUCACAUGCAACAUACAAAGUUACUUCGCACAAAAAGAAGCACCAUCAUAUAGUUACACUCUAUUAAUCUUCUGAAAAAAUUCAGUGUAGUUAUAGCUGUAGAAAAUAUGAAUUUGCUGGGAUUUUAUGUUCUCAUAUUUUGAGAAUAUUUUCUAUGAAAAAUAUUAUGAAGAUCCCAAAUGAGUAUAUUUUGGAAAGAUGGACAAGAAAUGCAAAAGGUGGAUACUUUGAAGGUAAUGAUACAAUUGUGAACAAAGAUAGUUUGGAUCCAAAAAUUCUUCACAAUAUGCGAUAUAGAGAUUUGUGUGGGUUAUCUGUUCAAUUGGUUACCAAAGCAGCAGAAAGGGAUGACACCCACAUGGUUGUUAAAAAUGCUAUGUUGAGCUUAUGUAAGAUGGUUGAUGAAAAAUUACAAGUUAAUGAAUCAAUUGUGCAUCAAUCAAAUCUUAGCCAAGAAGCUAGUGAGUUGGUUCAAUCUCUAGAUGACACAACAAGAAAUUUGAAUGAAACAGAGUAUCAAAUUGGCGAAGGAAACGAUCUUACAGUCAAAGGAAUUAAACCUAAGAAGAAAACAGUUUCAGGCAAGAGGUUGAAAAGAGGCAUAGAACAAAUUUCUAGAAAAAAGAAAGGGGCAAGCAAAACUAACCAAACUCCAACAAUUGUUCAGGGUAUAGAAGAUCCCAAUAUAGAAGAUCAAUUUCCACCACUUUUGCCAAC